CUAUUUGCAAAAACCUCACUGAAUUUCCAGAACCACGAUCACUUCACGCUUCCAUGGCGGAAAUCUCAGAUUCACCACCGGAACCAAAAACCACCGAUGAAAACCCCCAAACUCCGAUAGCUGAUUCCGCUUCACAAUUCGAUUCCAAAACCAUGCGAAAAACCAAACCCGGCGUUAAACGUCUCUUCAUCACUCUCACAGUUCUCAUCUCUUUCAUCUUAGGUUUUCCUCUUCUAUGGAAAUCCAUUGAAAUCUACCGUGCACCUCUUCCUUUCGACCGCAUUGAAUCAUUCUCCUCCAAAAUCGAAUCCAGUCCCUUACUCUUUCCGUGUAAAUUUCGUGCUAUCUUCAUCGGUUUCAAUUUUAGGGGUUCUAAUAACGAACUAAGGGAUGCAAUUCGGAGUAAAAUGAUUGAAUUUAACCGCGGUAAUUCGCAAUGUGGUUGCAAUGGGGAUUACACUGUCUCUGUCGUUGAAAGGUCUGAUGAAAUCAAUGCUGUUGAUUUUGGCGGGAAAUUGAGGCGAAACGAUGAAGAGGCAGAUGAAUUGGUGAAGAAUAUGGUGAAUGUGUAUGGAGAAGAGAAGGUGUAUAGUGUUGUGGUGGUGAAUGGGGAGGAUGAGGUGAAAGCUGUGAUUGGGAAGUAUAGGCAUGGGUGGAUUGUUGGGAAGGUUUUGGAGGAGGAAGCAGUUUUGCGUGUGGCGGAGAUUUUUGGUAAGGUGUUUGUGAAUGGUGGGAGUGAAGAUGGUUUGAUUCGGAGUGAGUUUAUGCCUGUUGGUUCUGAUGGGAGGAUCGUUCUUUCUUUUAGUUUGCUUAAUGCUGACCCAAGGGAUUGGGUUUAUGAUUGGGAUUUUGGUCAAAUAGACGAAACUUUGUUGAAACCUGUUAUUGAGGCUUUGCAACCUAUAGCCGAUGUCACUGUUGAAAGCCAGGUUUUGUACCACACACCAAAGUCUUCGUUUUCUUCCUGGGAUGACGAGCAUGGCAGCCACAUAUUCAGUACUCAAGAUCUUCCUUUCUUUGUGAAUUCUAAUGAGUGGCACUUAGAUACUUCAGUUGCAGCUGGUGGGAGGUCAAAAGUAUUGCAACUUGUGGUAUAUAUUCCAUCUGCGAAGGAGUGUCCUCUCCAACUAGAGCUUGCGAAUGGAGAGAUCUCUAAGACUAAUGGCUUUAUAUCUCCAAUGUGGGGAGGUGUUGUGGUAUGGAACCCCCAAAGCUGUAUAAAGGAUUUGGAAAGUAAGGAUCCAGUGAGACAUAUGAUUUCUCCUCAGGAUCUCCAAAAGCUUUUUGAAGUUCUCAUGGGGCAGUUACGGCAACUUCUUGGUCUGAAGUCAGAUGACCUUUAUGUUGGCGAGUCCGGCACAUCCAUUCUCCUAGGGAGCGAAAGAGGUUUCACAGAAUGGGAAUUGGAUGUCUUGUCAAGGAAGCAUUUUUGCUUUAAUCUCCUUUCAUGUGCCACAGCGCUUGGAUCUCUUUCUAGAUUGGUACAAUCAUUACCAAGGAUGAUUAUAAUGGAUGAAAUUGGAAAACAGGUGAAGUUUUCUCUCGAGGCUGCAAAAUCUGCUCAAAAUAAUGCAACUAUUGGAAUGUAUGAUGCUUCGGCUGUAUCAUCAAGGCAAUCAAGAUCUCUUGCGGAGGAUGCCUUUUUUCAUCCUUCAAUUAUGUCCAUCAGCUAUUAUUCAUUUGAGCAUUGUUUUGCUAUCUAUUCGCCAUUUUUUCUGCCUGUUACAAUGCAUAUCCUUCUAGCUGUGUUAAGAGAAUGGAAAAGAUACAAGCAAGAAAAUAGGAAGUACUUGGCUUGGAAGGGCAUAGCAAAAGCUAAAGCUUAAUCAUCGAUCAACAGUGACAGGUUGAAGCUAGUUUCCAGGUAGUUGAGGUCUUGUGAGUGUCCUCUCUCCCAAAUGCCAUUUCUAAUUUUAUUGAAAAUGACAGUAGUGCUGACACGGUCCUUAGGGACAACCAGUAUACGUGGAACAAGACAGCUCUUGGUUGUAACAUAGUUUUUUUUUCUUUUCUUUUCUUUUUCGCUUUCACUUUAUAGGUGGCUGUGCCAUUGUUACAAGCAAAUUGAGGGAAAAGUGUACAUUGUAAUUUUUUUUCUUUACGGAAUUGAAUGAAAAUUCUUGUUGCAUAAUCUAUGAAUUUGUCUAUUCAGUCUUCUGAGUCUCCUGUUCACCAAAGCCUUGUUGAGAAUGAAAGUGACAUAAUUGACUAGAUUUCGUUGAAUUGAGUGUGAAAUUGAAUGAGGUUUGUCAACA